AUGUCGAAAAGCCUUUUUGGUUCCAACGUUGCGAACAAUCGAAACCAAGAGCUGCGAGAAACAUCCGAUACCAAUACUGCCGUCGCCGCCGCCGUCGCAGCAGCAGCAGCGGCUCGAAAAGAACAGCGAGAACAGGAGCAGGUUAGGGCGUUGUUUGAGCUUGGACUGCUGGGAAGAGGUGACAAGCCUAAGAAGCGAGAGAAGGGCAGGGACAAGGACAAGGUCAUCCCCAGUGGACCCGGAGCCCGUGUUCCAGGCUUACACCCGAAAAAAGACACCCUCCAGAGUCUUGGAUUGUCUCGACAGCCAUCAUCAGUCGACUCUUCGCACCCGAGGAACGGCAGCAGUAAAGGCUCGAACGACUUGCGGCGGCGAGCAGGCGGAGGGAUGGCAGGAAUGUUGGAUACGGAUCGGAGCCGCACGAGGCGCGAGAGGACGUUUGUCGGCAGCGAGUGUGCAGUCUGCGAGGAGCCAUUAGAGCAUACCCUUCGAGGAGAGCGCAUCCUACAGUUUUCCUGCGGCCAUGUCUCCCACGAAGCCUGCUUCUACGAAUAUAUCAAGGAGUUCGAGUCCCAAUAUUGCCCAACUUGCAAUGCACCCCUCGGUCUUGAUACGAGUAGGGGAGGAAAUGUGCUGGAUAUUGGUAAGACCUUCGUUGCUGAGAAGUUAAGUAACAUCGUGCGAUCAGUCUCCGCCAGCGACCAGUCAAUGAGAUCAGAACAGACGACGCCUGUGCCUUGGGAUAGCCAGACCGCGCGGCCGCAUAGCAGAGAAUCGGACAGACCACAAGGCAGGCAGAACAGUCGGGAUGCCAGAACCAGUGUUUCGGGAGAUAGUAAGGACAGCAGGGAGCGCGUGGAUAGAUAUGGGGCUUCUUCACGGAAUGGGCACUCUCGAAGUGAUUCAGCAGAGGUCGCCGGCGAUAGCACUUGGCAACAAACCCGAAAUAACUCUGUGGCCACUGCAAACUCAGGCGAUAGAUGGCAGCAGCCACAGCCACCGCAACCGCAGGGGCAUGCUCGAAACGAUUCAAUGACUACUGGCGUACAAUCUGUGAAUUACUCUGAAAGCGCACUGAGUGGUCCUCAAAGGCGACACGAUUACGAUGCGCAGUCUAUGGAUUCUGGUCUUAUCAGUCCUCGAUCAAGUGUCUCCAGGAAUCCAAUCCCCCCGCCGUCUGUCAGCGUCCGGUCAGAAUUCCCGACUCUCAAUAGAUCACGCCAACAGCAAACUUUAACUUGCCUAGUCACCGUGGAGAUUCCCGACAAUAAAUGGCGCCCUGAUCUUGAUGAUCUCCGCUCGGCACCCCCUUUGCCUGGACUAAGACCUGAAGACACCUAUGCUAGACCCCCAUCUCCUGCCCAAAGUGCCCCCCGUUUCUAUCCCUACGAGUCGCAAGAAGUAUUGGAAGAUAUCACAGAAAACCUGCGAUUGAGGGUAGAAAAUUGGCACGGUCUUGACUUUAACAGAUUUGGAAAGCUUCGUCUAUAUGGCACAAUUCGCGUUGGAAAGGACAGGCAAUCCUGGCAAGAAUUAGAGUGUUUUCUCUUUGCGGAAAUGCUCAUCUGUGUGAAGGAGAAAAGAGUAGCAAUCCCGCAAGGUUGGGAGGAUACAGUGCCAAACCAGAAAACUACUCGAUGCACUUUGAAGGGAUCUAUCCUGAUCAAGAAGCACUUGAAUGAGGUCAUAGAAUCUGGCGGUAAACCAAACCUUGGUCAGACCGAGAAAAUCACGAUGUCUAAUCUCAGACCAGUAGAAGACAACAUUCUUACCCUCAGCCUUUCAGUAGCCGAACUACCUUCGUUCCAUCUGAAGUUCGAAAAUCGAAAUCAGUUGAAGUUAUGGAAACAAGCUUUACUCGACCUAAAUGCUGUCGAAUCUCCUGUUCGCAGCCCGGAUUAUGACCUGUCAGAGACAGACGAAGAAGACUGGCAAAGGGUUACUAACCCUCCUCAGCGAAAUCCCUCGGUGAAUUCGUCUUCAAAUGGUGGAGCUAGAUCCGCGACGACUGCCCCCACUGAGUAUACCAACAAAAGAGAAGUUCGUCUACCUCCGACGAUCCACGUCCCGGUCGAUAUCGUUGUUGUGCUCCCGAUAUCCUCGUCCAUGCAAGGAGUCAAGAUCAGCCUCGUUAGAGAUGCGCUCAAAUUCAUGGUUUCAAAUCUUGGAGAGCGCGAUCGUAUGGGUCUUGUCACAUUCGGAUCAAGCAACGGCGCAGCUCCCCUGGUUGGCAUGACCACGAAGAGUUGGAAUGGAUGGUCUAAUGUCUUAGCGUCUGUCAGGCCCAUGGGACAGAAGAGUCACAGAGCUGAUGUGGUUGAGGGCGCAAACGUCGCAAUGGAUCUCCUCAUGCAAAGGAAGUCGAACAACCCGAUAGCCACCAUACUCUUGAUCAGCGACUCCUCGACCUCAGAUCCUGAGAGCGUUGAUUUCGUUGUAUCAAGAGCAGAGGCAGCAAAGAUCGCUAUUCAUUCAUUUGGUCUCGGAAUGACCCACAAGCCAGAUACGAUGAUCGAGCUAUCAACACGAACAAAGGCAUCGUACACCUAUGUCAAGGACUGGAUGAUGUUGCGAGAAUGUCUUGCUGGUUGCCUCGGAGCUUUGCAAACGAUGUCUCACCAAAAUGUGAAGCUGAAGAUGAGACUACCCGAGGGAUCCCCAGCAAAAUUCGUGAAAAUCAGCGGGGCACUACAGAUCACGAAACGAGCCACCGGAAAAGAUGCCGAAGCUUCGUUGGGAGAUCUGAGAUUUGGCGACAAGAGAGAUAUCCUUGUACAACUUGUUAUCGCGCCUGAUAACGCUUCGCAAGAGCAAUUGCCUCAAGACCCUUGGGAAUCAAUCGUCUCGGGACUCGAAGCACUGGGAGGUCCUCUUGAUCAGGAAGAUCAGCGCACAUUAUCUGUCGAGGAAGUUCCUCUCAUCCAAGCCGACCUUACAUGGGGCGAUAUUCUCCGCGACGGGACGCUCACGCAUCUUCCUCGUCCAUCGCUCCUCGCAAUCACUAUGCUUCCCGCAUCACCAAAUCAAAAGAAAUCUGCCUGGCCCAAUGCCCCUCAUAUUCCCCCACAUCCCAGCGUCGUUCAGAGACGAAUGGAACUCCUCACCUCGGAUAUGCUCACACGUGCUCUGACGUUGGUAUCAAGGGGCCAACAUGAUCGUGCGCAGCAUCUUCUCAACGAGACCCGCUCCAUCCUUAAGGGUUUGGGCAAAGGUGGUCUGCCUCCAAUUCCACCACCUUCCCAGUCCCAGAAGUCACCUUACCGAGCUUCCACUACGGAAGGCUUAUCCCCAACCACUAGCACAACACCUGACCGUCGUCAAACACCGUCUCCCACCUCUGCUAAUGCUGCCACUUCUAAUCAGAGUGGAGGCCCUAUUCCCCGUCAUCACUCGAAUGAUGCUCUCCAAAUGAACUCUUCUCCUGGGAUCGAUCCCAUCACUGUUGCAGCUCUAGAUUCAGAGCUUGAAUCCAGCCUAGAAUGGAUUAAUCACCCUGCAGUAUUUGGACGAGAUUCGAGAAAAGCUGUUCUCCAGGCAAUCGGAGUCAUCAGCAGCCAGCGAGGCUACACCUUCCGUACCCCCAUUGAGAGUCUUUGGUCCGGACGAGUUUCCGGCGUCAAGCGCCUCACAGAACGCAGUCGAGAGUGGCGAGAAGAAGGCGGAGGUGAAGGAGGCAUCAUGGAAGAGAGCUAA